AUCUUUGGUCAUGUGUAUGUGGACAAGUCAUAGUGCACGGUGUGGCGGAAUUCAUAUGUUAGUCUGUGAUAAGAGGUGUAACACAGUCAGUUUAGUUGUUCUAUCACCACCAUCAUUGAAGAAAAAUGGGGAAAUGUAACCAGGUUGACACGACAGAGCUUUACCCCCAGCGGUGGGACCCCCCUCACCAUGCCGACCCCUGAUUACAUGAUCCCAGCUGUCCUUUUAGAGCCCUUUAGCGGAAUCACCAUGCCAAGCCUCACGGAGUUCAUCAGCAUCGUCUGCCAGGGAGCUAUGAUCUUUGGCGGCGUGUUUCCAUUCAUUCCACAGUACCUAGACAUUAAGAAAUCCGGGAAUGCUGACGGAUUCUCCACUUUUGUUUGUCUUAACUUGUUGAUUGCCAACAUUCUCCGCAUCAUGUUCUGGUUUGGACGUCAUUUUGAGCUGCCCUUGCUAGCCCAGAGCAUAAUUAUGGUGUUCACAAUGCUGGCCUUGACGGAGAUCUGUGUCAGGGUCAAACACAGAAGUGAAAUUCUUGCUUCCAAAGAGCACAAGUUCACAGAUUCAUAUUCUGAUCAUCCAAAUAAUGGAGAAGCACCUCCGAGAUUAAAUCGUUCUGUCUCGCCCGUCAGAAAGUUUCUUGAUUUUGACCGAGCAUAUUUCUGGAAGUGGACGUAUUUUACCAGCUACCUCCAAUUCACAGCGGUGUUUACCGUGGUGGUGGGCCUCAUGACUUGGCUAUUUUUAGACAACAUGUAUUACGUAGAGACAAUCGGUUUCUUGGCCGUGUUUGCUGAAGCCAUGCUAGGAGCACCUCAGUUCUACAGGAACUUUGUAAACAAGUCCACCCAUGGCAUGAGUAAGAAGAUGGUGGGUAUGUGGACUUGUGGGGACUGUUUCAAAACAGGAUAUUUCAUUGUGCGGCAAGCACCUGCCCAGUUCUGGAUUUGUGGGAUGUUACAGGUGGGGAUUGACAUCUCCAUCUUUCUGCAGGUGUACUGCUACAGGAACAAGGCCGCCAUCAGCUGACCAAGAGGACGCGCUAGGAUUUACAAAUGAAAAGAAUUCUUUGUUCAUUAUUGAAUUCGAUGCUUUGCUUUCAAUUGUUUGAAGCCAUGUUUAUUUUAUUUGGGAUUGUAUUAAGUUUUUUUUAUUAAUAUUUCUAGUCCCAUGUAUUUAAUAUGUAAACAUACAUGUGGAGAAUUAUGCAUUUUAUGUUAAACAAAACCUUCUAGUUUCAGAAAAUUGUUACUGAUCUCACAAAGUUCACUUGUAGAUUUUUGUUCCAAUUUUAUUCUUUCCUGUCAUCACUUAGCCUGAUUGUUAUCAAAAGUCCUGACCAGUUUCCAUGUGUUUAUUAUGCUUUCUGUAAGGGCUGUUGCAUUGACUAUCACAUUAUUGAAAUGAUCAUUACAUUUGUUCAUUCUCAGGCAAAUUUAUGAUUGUCCUAUUCUUAUUGCAUAGCACAGUCCUUCAUUACAUCUAUAUCCAGAUAAUCAUUCUUCUGAUGAUCCAGAUUUUUAAAUGUUUUUGUACAUUUAAAUGAAUAUUGGUAGAUGUACUGACAUAAAAGAUACCUGGGUAAACAUGUUUUCUUUCAGAAUAAUCUCUGUAUACCUAUAUUGCUGUAAUCUAUGAGAUUACAUUCUGAAUCAGUUUGCAUUUAAAUUAUACUGUAAAACUUUAUUUUUUGAAGUGUUUAGGAUUGUCUAACUUCAUCAUCAAUUUUUUUUUACCGUACUGUAUGUUAUUUGGAAGACAUAAAAGUGUUUUUUUUCAUUAAAGCAAAUUCAUUGUUAUUUUUACGCAAGUACUUAAUUCCGCAGUUCUGCCAUUUUGCAUUAAAUUGCCAUAAUAUAAAAUUGUGAAAGCCAGAUUUUUAUCUUACUUUCAAAUCUGUCAGAAAAAUAAAAACAAGAUCUUAAAAUAUGGAGGUGUGCUUCUCAUGAUUUUAUGCAGGUAUUAAUUCCUUGCAUUUAAUUAGGAAUCCACAGUAUGCUUUAAUUGAACCAAUACCAGGUAUGAUAGACAACAUUCCAAAGCGUGGCUCUAUAUGAUACCUAACUGAUAUUGACUAUGUUUUGUAUAAAGCAGAUUUACACUUCAUAUACAUGUACACAGCCAAUGUACAGGAUAUCCUAAGCUUGUGAUAAAAUUUUAACCAAAGCUAUCAGAUGCAAAAUUAUCUGAUGAUUUAAUAUAUUAUAUAUUGUAUGAUAUUCUUCCUUGAAAACAAUACAUAGCUGAAAUUAUAUGAAUUAGGCAAAGAGUACAAGCCCAUGCUUGUACAUAAGUGUUUACACAUUUUUACUUAUGAGUAUGUAAUAGCGAUUUUUUGUGCAAUCCCAAACAAGAAGUCUGCAUCCGUCAUCUAUCCAAACCAGCAAGACUUGUGCCAUAGAAUGAGAUUUGCAUAACUUGACAUGUCAAUGGUCUUAUAAUCAUCAAUCCAGUAGCGUAAUGUCAGUACCUUUACACUUUAAACUGUGUCUAGUAAUAUUUCAAUGAUUUGUCAGGGAAGUCAUAUUGCAAUUCAUUACAAUACAUGUAUAAGUUUAUAUGAUAUGUACUUUAGCCAAAGGUUGGACAAUAUAAUUAAGUUUUAUUGAGUACAUUAUUUUAUUAUUAUUUUUUUUUUUUUUGGGGGGGGGGGGGUCUUUUUCACCUUAUCAUUCUCAUACUAUUAUUUCACAAAUGCACUGCAUUUAGUACCGGGUAAUAUAUAUUGUCAGUAACUAAUCUGAUUUCUACGUGGUCAUUGAGGAACAAGAAUUAAUAUGCUGGGUAAAGAUAUAUAGCAUUAUGGAUGAAAUGGAUACAGGGCCCACAGGACUAUAACUUUUCUAACCUGAAUUCCCAGUCUCUAAAUGAAAGUUUUACCUCAAAAUUAUUUACCUGUCUUCUAGGGACUUGUGUUGGUUAAUACAUUGAGUCAUGAAUAUGUAUAUUAUAAUUAUUUUUAUAUAUUAUGUAUCAAAUGAAACCAAACAUUGUUUUCCAUCACUUGAACUUGAAUUUAUAUAAGCAUUGUUUUUACUUGAACCGGGUAUAUUUCCAGUUAGUAUUGUACAUCUAAAUUAAUUUUUUAUAAAUACUGAAUUGAAUGUAAACAAAAAAAAUUGAUACAAAUAUCUGUACAAUUUAUUUGGGCACAGUAAUGGAGUGUGUUUUCUUUUAUACAAUCAAUGAAUAUAUGAAGGUAUUGAAAUAAAUAUUGAUCCAACA